CUUGCCAUGGGUUUCAGUCAGUGUGAUGAAAUUUGCACUGAACGAGAUUCUGCAGCUCCUACAGAAUGUGUUCUGUGCUUAAAGUGUGAUCUGCCCGCUAGACAGAAUAAAUGGUCCUUUAAAAAUUACAAGUACGCUAAAUAUGAGUUAUCGCAAGGUUUAUUUAAAUGCAAAUUGCAAAUGAUUACAUCACUUUGGAGUGCUGCAAUAUUGUCACCAACUUUAAUGCUGCAACGGUUGCCCCACUGCUUGGUUCGUUUUAAUAUCUUGAAGACCUUUACAUUGACUUAAAACGCAGACCUGCCCGCACUUGUGCAAAGCAAUCCCAGCCGAGGGCGGUUGGCGUCAGGAAGAUGUGAUUUCACACGAUCUGAAGGCAGGGGUCGCUCAGAUUGUCCACAAAAUCCCGGUUUCCCUCGUCAGAGCUUCUCCAGCAGCCUCUCGGAGCAGACACUUCGCUCUGCUUUCCUCACUAGCUGGACACUGGAGCUGGCAACAGAGAACGAUCCGAGAGCAAAACUUUCUCUAGCAACCCUGUUCUCUUUUGGAGAAACUCUCUCUCGAUAGAUAAGAUUUUUUUUUUCCCCCCCUGGUGCGGGUGGUCUCUGGUAAAUCGUUCACCAUUACUUCCAAAAGUGAAGACGAUUUUUUGACGCUGGCUGCGUCCAGGAUCAGCCGGAGGAAGCGAGUGAUUGGAGCGGCCAUUGGGGUGGCAAUGGUCUUGGUUCUGCUCAUCGCCAUCCCUUUGCUGGUCCAAAGCUCCAAGGCCUCUGCCCACUACGAGAUGCUGGGCAGCUGCAGGAUGGUCUGUGACCCUUACAGCCCAAAACCUAGCUCCACGGCGGCAGAAGCCAUCCAGGACCUCGCUGUGAUGUCCCCGCCACCCUUCAUCCAUGGGGGCAAAGGCGACCAGGGUCGCCGAGGCAAGCCCGGACCCAGGGGCCCCCCGGGAGAACCUGGACCCCCAGGGCCGAGAGGUCCACCCGGCGAAUGGGGGGAUCUGGGGAAACCGGGUCCUCCUGGGCCACCGGGCUCGGGGCCAGGAACAUUCAGCACUGCCUUCCACAGCCCCAAGAUCGCCUUCUACGCCGGCCUUAAGAAACCGCACGAGGGCUACGAGAUUCUUAAGUUUGACGACGUUGUGACUAACGUUGGGAACCACUACGAAGCUUCCACGGGCAAGUUCACCUGCACCGUGCCCGGGAUCUACUUCUUCACUUACCAUGUACUGAUGAGAGGAGGGGACGGCACCAGUAUGUGGGCUGACCUGUGCAAGAAUGGCCAGGUACGAGCCAGUGCCAUUGCUCAAGAUGCUGAUCAGAACUAUGACUACGCCAGCAACAGUGUCAUCUUACACCUGGAUGUUGGGGAUGAAGUUUACGUGAAACUUGACGGAGGGAAAGUUCAUGGCGGCAAUAACAACAAGUAUAGCACCUUUUCUGGUUUCAUCAUCUACCCAGACUGAGUAGAGGCACCUUUGUGUUAUUUUGCAGACCAACCAGGGAAGAAUGUGUUUAGUGUCGAUCAGAAGGUCAAAUGGAACACAGAAUUAGCAAACCCCCAAGAUCCUAACUGUUCAGUUGUUCAGUAGAUAAAUCAAAGAUUCUUUUGCAAUUUUAUUUCUUGCUUCAAAAUAACUUUUUCUUCAUUUUAGUGUAUCAAGCUAUUAACAAUGUGAGAGCAGUAUGUAAAAUACUGUGAUAAGCAAAAGCACUGGCGCUAAACAACUGUAUAUAAAAAUCCAGAGGGUUAAAUAAUGAUGAACACCAAUUAACUAACAUGGCACAAUCUGACUUUAUGGCAGGUAUGUGUGCCAGAAGCAUAUCUGACAUUAACUUUAAUUAAAUUUCAACCCAAUAGUAUGCUUUAUAUAAUUUGACAGGUAAAGCUCCAUUAUUUAACCUAAAAAACAAAAGUUCCAAAUCCUGAUACUGCAUCUUAAUUUUUUUUCCUGCUUUAUACAAGUAACCUAUUCCACUGGAUGAUGUCAUGUUUAUAUCAGCAGUGGAAAGAGCCUGGCUGUCAAUUAACCCAUGAUAUCAUCAGUGGUGAUAUUGUCCACUGAGAUUAUGGGCAGCAAUAUAAACUUGGUAAAAAAUUGCCAGGCUCAAUCUGCCUGUUCUAAUAGUUCAGGUGGAUGUUAAAGAACCUAUGGCACUACUUUCUCCCUUAGCUAGCAACCUGAAUAAACUAUUGACGGGCCAAUCAUCUCAUUUCUAUUUUUGGGAUCUUGCUUGCGCAAAAUGGCUGCUGCAUUCGCCUAUGUAACAACAAUCACUGCACUUCAAAGAAGCUCAUUGUGAUAAGGCGCUAUGUUCAUGCAAGUCUCUUUUCUCUUGCCUAAUUUGAAUGGUGCUGUUUUUCUACGUAUUAACCAUCUAUAUUCCCAGCAAUUACCAAGAUGAAAUUUAUGAAAUAUUUGUUCUUUUUGCUGGCUGCACCCUGUUGCUAAUAUCACUUUAAUUUGCAAAAUAAAUAAAAGGUCCAAGAGUUAGCAUAAAAAUAUAAGCGUGAAAAUGUUUACUUUCAACAUUAUUUAGGUAGGAGUUUCACCUCCUGCAGUUCACCAGUCCUAG